AUGGAGGAGGUCUCAAGAUUCUGCCCUCCAGGAAAAUCUUGCCAUGAUUGGAUAGGACCCCCAGAUAAAUAUUCAAAUCUUCGACCUGUUCACUUCUACAUCCCUGAAAAUGAAUCACCAUUGGAACAAAAGUUAAGAGAAUUAAGACAAGAAACACAAGAAUGGAACCAACAGUUCUGGGAGAACCAGAAUUUGACUUUUCUUAAGGAAAAAGAAAAAUUUAUUGACUCAAGACUGAAAGCCAAAGGCCUGGAACUGAGAGCUGAGUCAGGUCAAAAAGCAAUAUUGAAUGCAGAAGAAAUGGCUGACUUUUACAAGGAAUUUUUAAGUAAAAAUUUUCAGAAGCACAUGUAUUACAACAGGGACUGGUGCAAGCGUAAUUUUGCCAUCCCCUUCUUCAUGGGAAAAGUGGCCCUGGAGAGGAUUUGGAACAAGCUUAGACUGAAACGAAAGAAGACCAGCAAUUAGGAGCCCACCCUGACCCACCCGCCAGCGUCUAAGUUUCCACGAGAAGCAGCUGCUUACAGGAGCUCGUUUUACGAGGGCUCUAAGAGCUGUGUGUGCAGGGCAGGCUGGGAGGACGCGGGUCCUGGUGCGCUGUGGCCCACGUGGCUCCAUCCUGACUGUGGAUUCCAAGCUGGCUCUUGGUCAUGGAAGUGAUGUUAAAUAAAACCCAA